GACGUUUGCGAUCAAGAGGAAGACCGAAAAAAAAAAGAAAAAAUAAAAUUCUAAGGUAAACAUAUGGAGGAGUGAAAUAUGAUCCAUAUGACCAGAGAAUGAUCAUAGGAGGGUGGUAGAGAGAGAGAGAGAGGUGCCACUUAAUAAGACUGACUCGGGUUUUUGAACCAUUCCGAUUUGGCCGGGUAUAUUUUGUCCAUUUCAACAUUAAAUGCAUGCAACUUUAAAUACCCUUGAAUAAAAAGAAAUGUAUAUACCCCUUAGCAAGCAAAGCAAAGUAUCAGUCCAAGGAAAAUGGCAUCCAAUCCUGGUCCUCUCACGCAGUGGCCAUGGGAGAAGCUUGGAAACUUCAAGUACGUAGUUCUGGCUCCGUGGGUGCUGGGAAGCUGCUAUAGCUUCUUCCCGGGGGGAGAGAAGAACAGGGAUUUAUCCAAUUUUCUCAUACUUCCACUCAUGUUAUCCAGACUGGCUCAUAACCAGUUAUGGAUCUCUCUCUCCCGCUUCCAAACUGCGAGGAGCAAACAUAUAAUACUCAGCAAGGGCCUUGAGUUUCAGCAGGUUGACAGAGAAAGAAACUGGGAUGACCAGAUUAUAUUCAAUGGCAUAUUGUUCUAUUUGGGGAGCUUAUAUUUUCCAGGGGGAUCCAACCUGCCCCUGUGGAACAUCAAAGGAGUGAUCAUAACCAUUAUUUGCCACAUUGGGCCUGUUGAGUUCUUAUAUUAUUGGGCACACAGGGCACUUCACCACCACUUCCUUUAUUCUCGUUAUCACUCCCAUCACCAUUCCUCCGUGGUCACCGAGCCCAUCACAUCGGUGGUGCAUCCCUUCGCAGAACAUAUCUUAUACUCCUUCCUGUUUGCAAUAGCACUUUUAACAACGCUCUACACAAGGACCGCCUCUAUUAUUUCCUUGGUUGCCUAUAUUACAUAUAUCGAUUUCAUGAAUAAUAUGGGGCAUUGCAACUACGAGUUCAUCCCAAAGUGCCUCUUUCAACAUUUUCCCUUCCUCAACUACAUCAUGUAUACUCCAUCGUUCCAUUCACUUCAUCACUCAAGAGUCCACACCAACUUUUCUCUCUUCAUGCCAAUAUAUGAUUACAUAUACAAUACAGUUGACAAGUCUACAGAUGCGGUAUAUGAGAGUGCUAUAGAGGGGAGAGAGGAGGCCAUAGAUGUUGUCCAUCUCACUCAUCCAACUACCCUUCACUCCAUCUACCAAAUGCGCCUAGGAUUUGCAUGUUUGGCUGCCCAACCCCAAGAUCGCAAAUGGUAUCUAUGGUUACUUUGGCCAAUCACCGUUGGAUUAAUGUCACUAAUGUGGAUUUUCGAUCGUACGUUCACCGUGGAGAAGAACAGAUUGGAGAAACUCAACACUCAAACAUGGGCAAUUCCCAGGUUUACCUUCCAGUAUUCCUUGAAAUCACAACAUGAAGCAAUCAACAAAUUGAUAGAGGAUGCCAUAAUUGAGGCAGAAAAAAGGGGUGUGAAAGUGCUAAGUCUAGGGCUUCUAAAUCAAGAUGAAACUCUGAAUGCAAAUGGGGAGCUCUAUUUUGAGAAGCUCAAGGGUCUAAAAAUUAAGCUAGUGGAUGGAUGCACACUUGCUGCUGCAUGCGUACUAAACUCAAUUCCUCCAAACACAAGUGAAGUCUUAAUCCAAGGUCCCCUUUCAAAGACAGGCUAUGCCGUUGCCAUGGCCUUGUGCAGAAGAGGCACAAAGGUUAUUACUGAGUGCCCUGAUCAUCUUGAAAAAUUGAGAAUGCAAAUCUCCAUACAACAUCAAGCUAAUCUUAUUCAUGCUCCCGGAUGUCAUUGCAAGGUAUGGUUAGUGGGAGAUAGAAUGAAUAAUGAGAAAAAGGCCCUCAGGGGUACAAUCUUUAUUCCUUUCUCACAGUUCCCUCUCAAGAUAAUGCGCAAGGACUGCAUUUAUUUGUCCACCCCAGCCAUGAUAGUACCAUCCAACUUGGAGAACAUGCACGCUUGUGAGAAUUGGCUUCCAAGGAGGGUGAUGAGUGCAUGGCGAGUUGGUGGGAUUUUGAACGCCUUGGAAGGAUGGGCGACACACGAAUGUGGGGACACAAUGCUUGAUCCAGAAAAAGUUUGGUCCUCUGCUCUAAAUAGAGGUUUCCUGCCAUUUGACAGCGACCAUAAUUCACAACCUUAAUAGGGGCCUUUUGUGCCAUAAAGUAAAAGUAGGUUUGUUCAAACUUCUGCUGCUUUGUGGAGAAACAUCUUGAGUUUGAGAGAUAGUGUUAGUGUAUGGAUAUCUCUUAUCAUCUACUUCAUAAGUAUUCUACAAUAAUGGAAAGAACCUCAAAACUUAAGUAUAAUAUGAGAAGCAAUUAGUGAGCAUUACAUUGCUAAUUUUAUUUUUUA